CAACGUUAAUGGAAUUCUUAUCUGACAAGAAUCUGAGUCGUUUCUACAAAUAUUUAUCGAACAAGAUUGCUUUAGAGAAAUUGUGUGUGUGUGUGUGUGGCCAGUAGGCCUUAAGUAGGGCGACAAUGGCAGCUCUUCGACUUCGUCAGUUGGAAGAAUACCUUCAACAGCUGGAGGUCUUCGAGAAGCCGAAGGUUUUGCUCGAGCAGUACGCCACCAGUGCGCACAUCGCCUCGCAUAUGUUAUACACCGCACAGUCACAGUUCAAUGACAUCGAGGGUAAGAGCGUGGCGGAUCUGGGCUCGGGUUGUGGUGUAUUGUCAUUGGGCGCGAAGAUGCUCGGUGCCGGGUACGUGGUCGGAUUCGAGAUAGAUUCGGACGCGGUCGAUAUACACAGCGGUAACUGCGACGACAUCGAACUCCACGUCGAGAUCGUGCAAUGCGAUAUACUGCAGUGUUUACCAGGGAAGUUCGAGGGACGCUUCGACACGGUCGUGAUGAAUCCGCCGUUCGGCACGAAGAGGAACGCCGGCGUCGACAUGAGAUUUCUGGAGACGGCGAUUCGGCUGUCCGGCAACGCCGUUUACUCGCUGCACAAGAGCAGCACGCGCGACUACGUUCUCUCGAGAGCGGCGCAGCUCGACGCUAAGGGGACGGUGGUGGCCGAGCUCAGAUAUGAUCUACCGAGAGCCUACAGAUUCCACAGGAAAGCCUCGGUCGACAUCGAGGUGGACUUUAUACGCUUCGAAACGAAUCGUUGACAGUUCGAGCCAAGUCGCCGAGCAA